GAGCAAAGAGUCAAAGACUCUUCAUUCCAAUCUGCUCUCCUUUGUCUUUGUUUAUAUCGUCUUUUCCCUUCUCUCCUCCCUUUUAUUCCCCCACUACUGUUCAAAACUCCGAAUUCUACCACAUCUUUCGAUCUUUCUGUCUGUUUUCAUGGAAGAUUUCAGAUCUAAUUCAUGCGGGGAUGGCAGGAUGCAAAUGGAAAGCUACAAUGGUAGCAGACCCACUUCGUAUGGUAUGCAUGAUCUUCGUAGUUACAGUGCUUCUUAUGCCUCUUCUGCACAUCAAACCCAGAUGGGCAAAGAGGUGAAGUUAAAGAAAGCGAAAAGCACUGCUGUGUCCUCAAAAAGUUGGAGCUUUAAUGAUCCUGAGCUGCAGAGGAAGAAGAGGGUUGCUAGCUACAAGGUGUAUGCUGUGGAGGGGAAAGCGAAGGGAUCCUUGAGAAAGAGCUUUAGGUGGCUCAAGGACAGAUACACCCAAGUGGUGAAUGGAUGGUGGUGAUUGUUGGACAAGUGAUCUGAUUAGUCAAAGAAAGUUGCAGGAGCUGUCUUUUUGGAUUGGAUCUCAAGGAAAUGAUAGUUGAAUUUAGUGUCUCGGAUAAAAGUUUCAGGUUUUAAAUUAUAAAUGAGUUCCUUUUUUUCUUCUUUGACCUUUCUUUGAUUCUUCUGCAAGACUCUGAUGCUCCAUGUGCAUCUUGUUUAUGCAUCCGUAUCAGUAUCCUGAUGUUGUAAUCUGUACAUACUAGUUUUUAAUACUGCAGAAUAUAUUGGAAAUAUAUGUCUUUAAUUGGAA